AUCCUGCUGCCUGGUGACGAUGUGCCUGUGGCCGGCGGUGAACGGCAUGCCGCCCGUCCAGUGCACCGGGCCCAUCCAAACGAUGGCACCGCGCAUACGAAAAGUUUGCGACGCCCUGUCCACCAUCUACGAACUCAGAGGUGCAAUGGAAGCGUAUUUGGACGACAGAGCGAUGAAUUAUGCCGACCACGAGCUGAUGGACACGGGUGUAAAAAGGCAAGAUGUGGAUCACGUUUUUCUUAGGUUCGGACGCAGGCGCUAAAAUACAGAAAACUACUCAUUA